AACUAAACACCACUCGGUGUUUACAAAAACACAACUUUGUGUGUAAUUAAACAUACAUCCCAGAUUACACGUAAAUGUGAAAUGAAAACACGCGCCAUAAGUUAGGUAUGAGUCCCCAUUGUUCAAUUUCCGUUGUAGAGUUUAAAUUGAAUAGAACCCACAUUCCACUGUCGAUAAUGCGAUUAUGGUUUUUGUGAAGUGGAGAAAGAGGAAAAACUAAAAGCAACGUCUCCGUUAAAACACGAGGAUAUUUGUCUAAGGCAGUGUGUCUUCAUCCUUUGUGUUGUUAGAAGAUUCGUUCUCUUGUAGCCGACUACAGGUGUAUCGAGUCGUCGAUGAUGACGCGCUCAGGUGAACUGUCGCACAGUGUCCCGUUCAUGACUUACGGUCGAUAGAACAGGAAGGAGACACAUUUAAUGGUGGCAUAGACUUCUAGUUCUACACAUACACGGUGGCAUGGCCAUUGUAAAGACUUUUCUGUGUUUCUCUAACACGAGGGUAGGAACCCUUAUAUGUGGAUGUUACACAUUGAUUAACUCACUGGUAUGUCUUGUAUUUUACCUUUUCCGUUAUGUUGGCUACCAGUUAAUUGAAGACUCCCAAGAGUAUAAAGGCAUUGUUUACGCGGGGUUUGUUCUGUACGGAUUAAUGAUUGCAGCGUCCCUCAUCCUAAUUCCAGGGGUGCAAUUGGACAAGCGUUAUCUCCUGUUACCGUGGGUGUAUGUCCUUAUUCUCAAUGUGUUGUAUGAGACAGGCUCUAUAGCUCUUCUGACCACAGUUCACAUGGAGAGAGAGAAGACACUUAAUGCAUGGGAGAUAGUCUGGAUGUUUUUCUACUGUUUCAAACUCAUUGCGAAUUGCUACUGCUUCGCUUGUGUGGUUUCCCAGUAUCAGGAACUAUCGGAAGGAAGAGGAACCUAUGAAUAUCUAUACAAACCUAGAAAUCGUCGAGCCUUUGGAAGAGCGCGGGAAUUUGACCUUGACACUUUUGAACUUCCCUUUGGGGUGCAUCUCCCACCAUACUCAGAGUCGGAUCCGUGUAAGGAAUUAAAUCCCCCGUUAUACGAACAAUUAUAUCCGCAACCAAAACUUGAAGAGAGAAGACAGACAGGACUGUGUCAUAAUAUACAAACAGUAGAUCAACAUUUACAUAGACCUAAUUAUAGUCAACGAUAUUCACGGAAUCUCCCAGAUCGAUAUUCCGUUACGGUUGAUGUGGUUUGGAUUUAAUGUUAUCAGUAACAUUUGACGAUUCCUGCCGUAAGGUGUUCAUUGUCAUCUGUCUCUCGAGACAUCCAAUCUCAUCACAGUGGAGCUAGGAAGCCAUCUCCGUGUUAUUGUAUUGGUGCAUGCUCACAAGUUCAAAACAUAUCCUCCGAAUUUUGCUCUUUCGAGUUUUGGGAGUUUUUUUUACUGUGGAGGAGAGCGAGAUGCGUUUUUACAAUGAUAGUGAACCAGGACUUAGAUUUUAUCCGUAAUUUUAAUGUAACCAGAUUGGUGCUUUUGAUCACCUUUUAUGCUUUAAUGGAGAUGUGAGUUCUUUUCACUAAGCUAUUACGGAACUUCCUCUGGUGUCAUGGUCACUGAUUUACUUUCUACCUCAGGGAUGUAUUUAAGAUAUAUGUUGUAAAACAUUUCAAUGUGCCAAAGAAAAUAAAUAAUA